AUGCGUCAAUCCAUCUUCCAGUCACUGAUGCUGGCCGCCGGCGCCUCGGCGGCCGUCCUGCCCCGGGCCAGCCAAGGCCCGACCGUGCAGGUCGCCAACGGCUCCUACUAUGGCGUGCACAACUCUUUUUACGACCAAGACCUGUUCCUCGGCAUGCCCUACGCCCAGCCGCCCGUCGGCAACCUCCGCUUCCGCGUUCCGGAGCCCCUGAACUCGACCUGGGACGGCGUGCGGAACGCGACCGAGUACGGCUACGCGUGUAUCGGCUACGGUUCGGACCAGUGGGUGCUGGGCAACUAUGUCAACGAGGACUGCUUGACUGUCAACGUCGUCCGUCCCGCGGGCGUCCCGGCUAAUGCCAAGCUCCCCGUUGCCGUCUGGAUUCAUGGCGGUGGUUACUUCAUGGGCAGCGGCAGUGAUCCCAGGUACAACACCUCGUUCCUCGUCAAGGAGUCCGUGGAGAUGGGCACCCCGAUGGUGGCCGUGACCCUCAACUACCGCCUGUCCGCCUGGGGCUUCAUCUUCGGCAAGGAGGUGCAGGCGGCCGGCCAGACCAACAUCGGCAUGCGCGACCAGCGCCUGGCCCUGCACUGGAUCCAGGAGAACAUCGACGCCUUUGGCGGCGACAAGAGCAAGGUGACCAUCUUUGGCGAGUCGGCGGGCGGCAACUCGGUCGGCACGCAGCUCAUCGCUUACGGCGGACGCGACGACGGACUCUUCCGCGCCGCCAUCUCCCAGUCCGGCGCGCCCUCGGGGCUGGGCCGCAUGACCACGCCCGAGUCGUGGCAGCCCGCCUACGACGCCCUGGUCAGCAAGGCCGGGUGCGCCGACGCCGCCGACUCGCUCGACUGCCUGCGCGGCGUCCCCGCCGACGCCCUCAACGCCUUUAUCAACUCGACCGACGUGCUCGCCGGCCCCGCGCGCCCCGUCAUCGACGGCGACUUGCUGACCGAGGUCGGCACCACCUCGCUCCGCGCCGGCCGCUUCGUCCACGUCCCCUACCUGAUCGGCGCCAACGCCGACGAGGGCGUGUCCUUUGGCGUCCGCGGCAUCAACACCGAGGACGAGUUCGUCGCCAUGGUGCAGCGCAGCAACGCCGGGCUCACGCGCGACGACGCCCUCGCCAUCGCGGCCCUCUACCCCGACGACCCGGACCAGGGCAUCCCCUCCACGCUCAAGGGCCGUCCUGGACCGGACCUGCAGCCCCUGCUGGGCUCGAUGUGGAAGCGCAGCGCGGCCUACGGCGGAGACCCCAUCAUGCACGCCCCCCGCCGCAUCGCGAACGAGGAGUGGGCCAGGCACGGCGUGCCGUCUUACAGCUACCACUUUGACGUUCUGACAAACGGCAUUCCGGACUAUGCUGGGUCGACCCACUUCCAGGAGGUUGCCUUCAUGUUCAACAACACCGGCGGUCUGGGCUACGGCAACGCCGUGUCGGUGAACCCGUUUGGCGGCAUGCCCGAGUCCUUGAAGAGCUUGUCGCACAUGAUGGCGAGGAUGUGGAUCAGCUUCGUGGUCAACCUGGACCCGAACCACAUUGGUAUUGACAAGCCGGCAGAGUGGCCCGUCUACACGCUCGAGCAGCCGCAGAACUACGUUUUCGACGUCAACGCCACCGGCUAUGGCUACAUUGAGCCCGACACUUACCGUGCCGAGGGCAUCAAGUACAUAAGUGACAGGUUUGAGACUGUCUUUAGGCAGUAA